GAUAGAAAUUAGCAGAGCUGCAGGGAAAGAGAGAGACUGUGAAAUAGAGAAAUUAACAGAGUAAUACAGGGGGAGAGACUGGGAACAGAGGGAAAUUAACAGAGUAGUACAGGGAGAGAGACUGGGAACAGAGGGAAAUUAACAGUAAUAUAGGGGGAGAGACUGGGAACAGAGGGAAAUUAACAGAGUAAUAUAGGGGGAGAGACUGGGAACAGAGGGAAAUUAACAGAGUAAUACAGGGGGAGAGACUGGGAACAGAGGGAAAUUAACAGAGUAGUAUAGGGGGAGAGACUGGGAACAGAGGGAAAUUAACAGAGUAAUACAGGGGGAGAGACUGGGAACAGAGGGAAAUUAACAGAGUAAUACAGGGGGAGAGACUGGGAACAGAGGGAAAUUAACAGAGUAGUACAGGGGGAGAGACUGGGAACAGAGGGAAAUUAACAGAGUAAUACAGGGGGAGAGACUGGGAACAGAGGGAAAUUAACAGAGUAGUACAGGGGGAGAGACUGGGAACAGAGGGAAAUUAACAGACGAAGUGAAAGGCACAGUUUCACUGAAAAGUUUUGGUGCCAGGUAAAAGGCAGUAGCUCCCAGCCGUAUCUGCUCCUGUCCUCCCUAGAAGAUGCUUCGGCUCCAGGUUCUGUCCGGCCACUUGGCCCCGGGUUCCAGGCAGCAGUUGUCCCAGCCUCAGAGAGUGGAGGCCGGCAGAGCAGAGCAGGACGUGGUAUUGGUUCACGGAGUGAGGACUGCGAUCGGCAAAGCCAAGAGGGGGAGCUUCAAGGACACCACACCAGAUGAGCUGCUGUCUGCUGUCAUGCUUACUGUGCUGAGAGACGUCAACCUUGACCCAAGUCUCCUUGGGGACAUUUGUGUUGGAAAUGUCCUACAGCCGGGUGCUGGGGCACUGAUGGCAAGGGUGGCUCAGUUCUUGAGUGGCAUUCCUGAGUCUGUCCCUGUGUACUGUGUCAACAGACAGUGUUCUUCUGGGCUGCAGGCUUUCAUUAACAUUGCGGGUGGUAUCAGGAACGGUUCCUAUGACAUUGGCCUGGCGUGCGGAGUGGAAAGCAUGAGCCAACGGGCAGUGGGUGACCCUGACAACCUUCGGGAUGUUAGCAACCGGAUGAUGGACAACGAGAAGGCCCGGGCCUGCCUGAUUCCCAUGGGGAUAACUUCGGAGAACGUGGCCGAGAGGUUUGGAAUUUCCAGGGAAAAGCAGGACUCCUUCGCCGCAGCUUCCCAGCAGAAAGCGGCGCAGGCUCAGAGAAUGGGCCUAUUUGAUGCCGAGAUCACACCGGUUAAAACUACCAUCCUCGAUCCAGACGGCAACUGUAAAACCAUCACCGUCACCCAGGAUGAUGGGAUCCGAGCCAGCACGACGCUGGCCGGUCUCGGUAAACUGCGGCCAGCAUUCAAGGAGAAUGGCAGCACCACGGCAGGGAACUCGAGCCAAGUUAGUGAUGGUGCGGCGGCAGUUCUGGUGGCAAGGCGUUCCAAGGCCGUUGAGCUGGGCCUUCCCAUCCUGGGCGUGCUGAGGUCGUGUGCAGUUGUUGGAGUGCCGCCUGACAUCAUGGGGAUAGGACCUGCCUAUGCCAUCCCAGCGGCGCUGCUGAAAGCAGGACUUACAAUCGAUGACAUUGAUGUGUUUGAAAUUAAUGAGGCGUUCGCUAGCCAGGCUUUGUACUGUGUUGAGAAGCUGGGUAUCCCCAUUGAGAAGGUCAACCCUAAUGGGGGUGCCAUAGCACUGGGGCAUCCAUUGGGCUGCACUGGAACCCGACAGAUCGUUACCCUGCUAAAUGAGCUGAAACGGAGAGGGAGGAGGGCCUAUGGUGUUGUAUCCAUGUGUAUUGGGACAGGAAUGGGAGCUGCUGCUGUCUUUGAAUAUCCAGCAAACUGAAACCCUCAUCAUUGAAGAUUAUGGGUGGAUAAACUGCAUGGGCACAUCACACAAGAGCCCAGUAUUUACUCAUUGAUAAUCCCAGCCUGUGCUCUUCCUUCAUGAUUCAACGAUAUCUAAUAACUUUCACAGAGACUGAUAACUUUUAAUGAGAAAUUCAAACUUCUAAUUAUUUAGCUGAAAGAGUGACGUCAAAAACAAAAUCAAUCAAAUGCCUAAAAAUCAUAUUCACUAAACACUAAAAUAAAACUAAAAUACUGUGGAUGCUGGAAAUCCGAAACCAACGCCGAGAAAGCUGGAGAAACUCAACACCUCUGGCAGCACCUGAGGAGGGAGAAAGAGUUAACGUUUUGAGUCUUCCUCAAGGAGGAAGUUAUGAAGAAGUUAAACUAGACUUGAAAAGUUAACCCUGUUUCUCUCUCCACAGAUUCUGCCAGACUUGCUGAGUUUCUAUAGCACAUUCUGUGUUUGACUAAAUUUUCUUUUUGUGGUGACAACUUUUAAAGACGUAGAACUUAGAAUAAGGCCCUUUUGAACCUUCUCUGCUGUUCAAUAAGGUCGAGGUUGUGGUCUCAAUCCCACUUUCCUAUCUACCCAACCCAAUUCCGAGACUCCCUUAUCUAUGGAGACAUUGCACUUAUGGUUUAAACUAUAGAAAUAAAAAAUUACUGAUCACUUUUCCCAGAAUUACAGUUCUGAUUGUUCCUAGUGGAUUGUUUCCUUUCUACUUCCCAACUUGAUAACUACAGAGGAACCUCGAUUAUCCAAAUGACACAGGCAGGGAGUAUUUUGUUCGAAUAAUCGAAUGUUCAGAAAAUGGAAUGUUCCGAUAAUCACUGGGACACUGCAAUCUUGUUCGGAUAAUCUGAAAUUUGGAUAAUCGAUGUUCAGAUAAUCGUGGUUCCUCUGUACUUGUACUAGAGUUGCCCUUUACUUGGGAGGGUUACACUGUAGGGCUGUUCCUCUAGCUUUGAGCAAAUGUUUCAGCCUUCUCUAACUGAGUGUGAUCUCCCAACUGCAUUCUGAGUGGUGAAUGAUAGAAUCAGCCUUUUGUUUUUUUUUAACAUGCAGGUCUGAUUUAAUUCUAUCCUUGCUUUGCUGAUGAUCUCUCAGUUAGCUGCAGAUCUUACAAGAAAAACUUGCGAUUGCUGUCUGCCUGAGAUAUUUGUGCAUUUAUAGGGAAGCCUGUAACCUGAUCUCAAAAUGGUUUCCUCUACCCUUUGCUCCAUGGCAACAGGAAGCAGAUUAUCUUUGCAUCUCAGUAGAUUUGCUAAUCAGUUAUCCCUGAUCCCAACUCUCAUAUUAGAAGUAAAGAGAGAAUUUACAGUACUUAGUUUACAAUGUAAUAGGUGUAACACCUCUCUGGGACUUUGGGACACAGGGUCUAUUCAUGGCAUGUUCACUACCUGCUGAUGUCUCCCAGUGUACUCUCAACAAAAUAAUCCAAGUUUCUUCAGAUCCAUAAUAGCUCUCAGGUAGCUACUAGCUCUGACUAUUCAACAGCGAGAGAACCUUGAAUUAGUGGACAUUGCAUCUCCAGUUUUAAAUGAAACUGUAACUAAGGAAUAUAUUUUCCAAGUCCCAGUUUUUAAUAAGUAGGUAGACAGAUUUUUGAAAUAUCAGGAGUUGACAGCUAUGCUGAGCUGGCAUGAAAGAGGUGUUGAGAUCUGGGGUAAAUCAGCCAUGAUCUUGCUGAAUGUUGGGGCAGGCUGGAUGGCCUGCUGCUGUUCCUAAAUCUUACAUUUCAAGACCCUUUUUGUCUAACCUAUAUUUAAAAUUAAUUCGUAAAAUAUGGUGGAAGAUACAAUGCCAAGCCAUAAUAAAGUUAUAAUUGUAACCGUC